AUGUCCGACUCUCAACGCGACCUAUCCAGACUUGACCCCUCGAGGAAACGCUCUUCUUCUGUCCUUCGAACUUUGCAUAGGAUUGGUGGCUGGCUGAAGAGGGACGAAGUCGAUCCUGCUUUGCCUGAUGCUUCGUCCCACCAGGUCCCUCAAAAGCAAGCCUUGAAUGACGACCUUGCGCCAACACAAGAAUCAGGAAACAAUGGCUCAGUACAACAGGAUGCAAUGCUGGCACCAUCGAGGUCGCGGGGCAAUAGCUUGCUCGGCCGUACCUUGUCCAAGUCUAAGAAGGUUGUUCCCGAACUGUCACGACAAUUCACAACCAAAAGGCAGAAUUCCGAAAAGAGAGAAAAACUUCUAGCAAUUGAACCCAGUGCUACAGAAAGAAGAGCGGUGAGCGCCGAACGGCGACCUCGAGCAAUGAGUCCUGGACACUGUCAUUCUCCUCCAGCUACAUCACCAUCUCGCUCAGCCCCAGAUAUCAGUACCCCAGGACAUAUGCGCUUGCUAUUCGCCGAAGCUCAUGCAGAGGGUUACUUCGACACCAGAACUCUCCCGCCUGGGGACGCCCAGCGUGACCACCCAUUUAAGCCUCCUCCCCAAAACAUACCGCCUAUGUUGGAGGCGGCUGACGAGCCUACGUUUCUGGACGACCGUGAUCUGCAAGCUGAGCUCGAAUCGACAUGGAUUCUCAACCUGAGCAUGCACUUUCGAGAUAAAUCUGAUCGUGAGAAAUUCUUCGUUACAUACGCCCAACAACCAAACCGCUGGUGCAGAGUGACCGUAUCGUGUGAUUACAGAGACGCACCCCCAUCAUCUCUCGAAUCAGACCUCAAAUCUCUCAAGUUUCAACGAGACAAGAACCAACGUAUAUACGAAGCUAUCAGAGAGUCUUUGCCUGACAUAGAAUUCUAUGAUACGGUCACAAACCUGAAGCUCGAGACAGAGGAUGGUCAGCUGCAUGUUCAUGUCACCGAGGACAUCAACGAGGUCAUUACAUAUCCAUCGGUAGGGUUUGUCGAUGAAGACUGUCGCAUGUACCGCGAGAGCGAGCUCGACUUUCAAUCACACAUAUCCGGGUUUGUUUACAAGGUCAGAGUCGGCGAUCAGGUCUUGAUAAAGAAAGAGAUACCAGGCCCAGAUACGAUUGAUGAGUUUUUGUAUGAGAUUGAGGUGCUCAACGAACUUCGCGGCUCGAAAGGUGUGAUCGGGUUCCAUGGUUUGGUGGUCGACGACGACGAAAGAAUUAUCAAAGGAUUGCUGAUAUCUUACGCAUCACUUGGUGCUCUCGUUGAUGUCAUAUAUGAUGACAAGCUGAGCAGUUCGCUGCCAUGGCAUCGCCGGCAGAGAUGGGCUUAUCAGAUCGUUCAAGGUCUUGCGGAGAUUCACGAAGCUGGUUUUGUUCAGGGGGACUUCACAUUGUCCAACAUUGUCAUCAACUCGGAAGACGAUGCCAAAAUCAUCGACAUCAAUCGUCGUGGUUGUCCGAUCGGUUGGGAACCGCCAGAGCUUCUUCGUCUUGUUCGACGAGGUCAAAGNAUUAGCAUGUUCAUCAACGUGAAGAGUGACAUAUUCCAGCUAGGAAUGGUGCUUUGGGCUUUGGCGCAGCAAGAUGAUGAGCCUGAGCAUGUUACAAGAACCAGCUCUGGAGGAAUGCCUCGCAUCACAGCACAGGAUGUGCCGAACUGGUUCGAAGACAUUAUCGAUGCAUGCCUGAGCAAUCAACCUAGAGAUCGGCCGAGCGCAAAAGAGCUGUUGUCAAUGUUUCCGCUCUAUUCACGGGAGUACGAAAGCAGACGCCGAAGGACUUCUGACCACAGUCUUGCUAGUCAUCAUUCUCACGAAGAGUUUAACGAACCUACAUCCGCCGUUGACUGGAAUGCAGUUGAAGAAUUCAAACGAGGCCAGCGGAAGCCAGCUGACUUUGCUCCUUCAUACCCUACAACAGAUCCGUAUCAAUUCAUCAACGCAGCGACAUCUACUGAAUACAGAAUUGACAGCAACGGAAGUUAUGUCAUACCUCACCGAGGCAGAAGUCUGUCUGGCCAUCGUCAAAGGUCGGCAGCUAGUAGCACCACCAGUUUGUCUUUGAGCCAAGGAUUGCCAGCAUGCGAGUACCUCUGUGAUGAGGAUAUCCCAGGCUUUGGGUACGCCGAAGGCUCACGAGACCAUCACACAAACAUCAUACCACAAAGGCCUUCGGUACCCGAUGCUCCGCCAUUCCAGUUGGACCCCUUCAACUUGCACGAACAAGCUCGAGACCAAUAUCAACAACCAGGGAGGCGGGCUUCAAAUAGCAAUGAAGGCCCUCCACAUCCUCCAAGACAGCAACGUGUUUUGUUUGGUCCACCGGUACACCAAGACUCAGGGUUUGAUGAGUACAUGAUUGAAGCCGUUGAGCACGGCCAACCAUCGACACGCUCAACUCAUAAUCUACACCCCUUACUCACAAGCACUGUCGAAGCUCGGAAUGAUAACAACCAGGAGAUGUCAGCCGUGACACAGCAGUCGCAGCUGUUCACAAGCCCUAUGACACUGCAAUCACAGCCUACACCCUUGACACCUUUUUCAUACCAAACACCAUCCACUCUCCUAUCUUCAGACGCCAGCACACAGAACUUAGACCCGAAGUCACGAAACCCAACAGGAUCAGAAUAA